AUGUUUGUUAGAAUUGCCCAAAGAGCGACUGAAAGUUGUUUGUGUCAUCGAAAGUUGCCGUUUUGUUUUGCUCUGCGUAAAGUUAUGUAUUUUUGUAUAUAUAUUUUUUUCCUGUCUCACUGUGUUUGUAGCAAAUGUGGAUUAUAUGACUCUGGGGACCUUUGCAUCAAUGGAAUCCCGCAAACGCGUCACUUGAAAGGACGUCUGACUGAAUACGAGCUGAUUGGCUUCAGAUCCUCGCCCCUGCAUUGCUUGUAUGGGAAAUUACACCGAGCUCAAAACAACAGGGAACUCGGAAAUCUCCGAUUUCCGACUUCAGUGCGUUCAAGACAACUGUGAACUCUGAAGGAAACGAGUUCCGACUGGGAAAAAUCGUUUUGAACGAUCAUCCAACUAGGAAUUCCAACUCGGGAGCUCGGGCCUCUUUCUAGAGUUCCGGCUUUCCGUCCGAAAGAUCACUGACGUCAUGAUUUCACCUCGUAUUCUUCCGAGUUCCCAGUUGUCUUGAAUGCACCAUUAAAGGGGGCGUCCCUCUGACGUAAUGGCAAAAUAAAAUUGAUUGUAUAAAUGUGUUCCCAAGAUCUAAAUAACAGAACUGCAGAGCAACUUCAGAUGCAAGGGAUUGGCAACCCAGGGGAACAGGAUGUCCACUCCAAACUCAUUACUAGCUUCUAGAAGAUUGUAGGAUCUCCUAAAGUCAGCUCACACAGACCCUCUGUAAAAUUGCCAAAGUCCAUUUUCUCACAGAUAGUUGUCUGUACCUUGAAUCCACACAAAUGAAUGUCCCCCCACAUGGAGCUCAGCCUUAUGAGAACAGCCUCUACAACUCAGAGUCUCUGAACCUGGACCUUACCUCCAGGUUUGCUAUGGAUGUGAGUAGUCAUACGGACCAGCUCUCUGCCCCUUCUCUGACUAGCAUCAACUCCCUGGUGGGCACUUACGCUGGAGAGUUUAAUGCCCAUCAGAUUGCCAUAGCUCCUACCACCGCCUCGGACCCUGAGCCGCCCUUCAAAAUUGAUGACUUCCAGGUUUACGGCUGCUACCCUGGCACCUUGGCCCUGAGCUACUUCGACGAAGCCCUGUCUUCUGGUGGCUCUGACUUUUUCGGCAGCCCUGUGUCAGCCCAGUCUCCCUGUACUCCAGGUUUCCAGACCCAGCCUGCGUCAGUUUGGGACUCGCCCUUCGGUCCAUACUCUCCCAACCCGGGCAGCUGGGUGGCUGAUAAGACUGCAUCAACACAGCCAUCCUCUUUCUUCACCUUCUGUCCCGGCUCAGUUGAGGAUCUGUCUCCUCUGGGCCAGCCCCAGCUGGCUGAGCAAGACCCCUUCUCUCUGGGCCAUCAGCACCCCUCCCCCCUGUCCUUCUCCCCUCUAACCCAGGAGCCAGGCACCCUAGAUGUCUCAGGCCUCAUUGAAGGGAGAAUGUCUGCGAAACCGCACAGCCCUACUGAAAACGAGGGUCUCUGUGCUGUUUGUGGGGACAACGCCUCCUGCCAGCACUAUGGGGUUCGCACCUGUGAGGGCUGCAAAGGUUUUUUCAAGCGUACUGUACAGAAAAAAUCUAAAUACGUGUGCCUUGCCAACAAGGACUGUCCAGUUGACAAGCGGCGACGGAACCGCUGUCAAUUCUGUCGUUUCCAGAAGUGCUUGGCAGUAGGCAUGGUGAAAGAAGUUGUGAGAACAGAUAGCUUAAAAGGUCGAAGAGGUCGUCUGCCUUCCAAGCCAAAAGCAGUCCAGGGCCUAUCGUCUGCUGUGUCUCGAGUCGACAUCAUUGCCUCUCUUGUGAGAGAAUACAUUGAAUCAAACUCUGGUGUUGAGAAACUGGACUACUCCAAGUACCAGGAGACUGUGGCCAGUCUGUCAGAGAAAGAGGACACUUGUGACAUCAAACAGUUCUACAACCUCCUCACGGAGUCCAUGGAAGUGAUCAGGAAGUGGGCUGAGAGCAUCCCUGGGUUCACCGCCUUCUGCUCCGAGGACCAGGAGCUGCUAUUGGAUUCAGCCUUCUUAGAACUGUUCAUCUUGCGACUAGCAUACAGGUCCAACCCUGAGACGGACAAGCUGAUUUUCUGCAAUGGCAUGGUGCUUCACCGGAUGCAGUGUAUACGAGGCUUCGGUGACUGGAUAGACUCCAUCAUGGACUUCUCCCAGAGCCUCCACCGCAUGAACCUGGACGUGUCAUCCUUCUCCUGCCUCACAACUCUGGUCAUAAUCACUGACCGCCACGGCCUGAAGGAUCCAAAGCGGGUGGAGGAGUUCCAGAGCCAGCUAAUCACCUGUCUCAGAGAUCACGUCUCCAGCUGCGCCCCCGACUCCACUGGGCCCAACUACCUGUCCCGCCUUCUGGGAAAACUGCCUGAGCUACGGACUCUCUGCACCCAGGGCCUGCAACGCAUCUUCUAUCUCAAGCUUGAGGACUUGGUCCCACCACCCCCCAUAGUUGACAGAAUGACCAUGGACAUUCUGCCUUUAUGAGAGCGAGAUAAGACAAUACCGACUAUGCACUUGUGCUGCUAAAGCGACGAUAAAGGAACGUCAAAUGAUCAAGCGGUCUCAGUGUUGAGUAGGGACAAAUUAAGGAAAAUAUGCUCCCAAAGAUUUCACAUGAAAGUACUGAAUUAUACUGUAAGACUUAAAAAGAUAUGAAGCUAUUCAAGCACUAUCGUACUUGAGGAAAAAUUGACCUCUCUCGUUCAUUAGCAAUGGCUGUAGUAUGGUGAUGAAAAUGUGUUAUAAUUGAAAAAGUUUUCCUUGUUUUAGUGCAGUAUUUCAGACUUAUGGCUGUGAGUGUGCACUAACUGUUAGUGUGCCACCAAUGAUCCCCAACCAAAAUGGUAGACAGUGGUCAACUGUGGGAGAUGAGGUGGACGUGUGUCACACCCUGACCUUAGAGAUCCUGUUUAUGUCUCUAUUUUGGUUUGGUCAGGGUGUGAGUUGGGGUGGGUAUUCUAUAUUCUAUUAUUUGUAUUUCUAUGUUUUGGCCCGGGUAGGGUUCUCAAUCAGGGACAGCUGUCUAUCGUUGUCUCUGAUUGAGAACCAUACUUAGGUAGCCCUUUUAUCCACCUGUCUUUGUGGGAAGUUGACUUUUGUUUAUAGCACAUAGACUGUUGCUUCACGGUUCUUUUCUUGUUUGUUGGUGUCAUUUUUUAUAAUAAAAGAAAAUGCACUCUCA